GAAGGAUUUAUCCUUCUCCAUACCACCAAUGCCAACGAAACAACUUACCAAGAACUAAAGCCAUUCAUUUACAUACCUGAAUGGCAAAUAACCAUCCUGGCCAGGUGGGAAAAUGCCCCUUGGCUUGUAAUUAUUGCAAGCAAAGUGGACAUCUUAUCAAAGAUUGCAAUGUAAAGCUAAACUUAGCAAUGGUUCUACGCACAUGCUAUCGUUGCAAACAAGCAGCUCAUGAUAGCAAGACUGUGUCAACAUCAACACAGUUUCCAACCAACCUUCCUCCCUGUGAACCGAUCACAUUCUUUUCAAUGUCAAAUUUACAAUCGAAAUUUGUAAACGGGCUCGAAAAGUCUCGUGACUUUCGAACUCGUAUAAAUGGACAUUGAUGGGAAUAGAUGAACGAGGACUUUGACGCACUCAA